UGUUCCCCUGCUUCAGACACCCUUGCGCGCGUUUGUCCAGCUCUAUGUACUCCUACACUUGCGCGGCCAACCCCACAGUGUCCGAGUCGGGAGAGGUGCAUCGCUUGGUCUCGGAUGCCUUGCAAGAAAGCCAUGAGAAGUUCAUGCGGCGCUUAGACCAGUGGCUCACCCAAUUGGAAUGUCGGCUUCACUUGGACGACGCUUACCUCUAUGAGGCGGAUAUCAUGAAGACGACCAGCCAUGCCAGCAUGAAGACGACCAGCCAAGAGAGUGAGCCGGAGACGGCCAGCCCUUCGGUCGCCCACGAGACCGGGCACGGUGUUGGCAGCCAUGAGCUCCGCAUGGAGCGGCGCAUCUCCGAAUCCAGCUAUGACCUGGCCAAGAAAGAGGCCUCAAAGAUUGAGGUGCGCAAGGAGGUAUACUCGAAGAGCAUGCUGAGUGACGCCAAGCCGAAGAGCUGCUUCGAUCGUGUUUGCCCGCGCUACAAGAAGAUCCAGUCCUUCCUACGGCCCAUCGUGAAGAAUCCCAAGUUCGAGAUGUUCUUCGCGGUGAUCUUGGUGGCCAACUCGUUGUAUAUUGGAGCUCAACUACAAUAUAUGUCCACGAGUCAAAGCACCAGGUUCGAGCCGGCCUUCAUGAUUGCCCAUGUGAUUUUUGCCAGCCUCUUUACCCUGGAAUGCAUGCUAGAGCUGGUUGGCCUGGGUAUUCGGAAGUUCCUCUUCUCUGCUGGUUGGUUUUGGGGCUGGUUGGACGUGUUGGUGGUGAUCAGCGCCUGGAUGGAGUUUGCGUUGGACAUUACCAGUCAAAGCAGCUCCGGGUCCAACACCGGCGUACGUAUCUUGAAGGUCUUCCGCUUCACUCGGCUUCUACAGGGGCUGCGGUCCUUGCGGAUCAUCCGCUUCGUGGGCGGCCUGAGGAUAUUGGUGGUCUCCAUGUCUGCUGCCUCGUUUCAUGUCACCCGGUCAUCACGACGGUCGCGGCAGACACGUUCGGAUGGACCCCAUGACUGGCACCGACCCGUGGAGAGGUUUGACGCCACCAGGGCACUGUCUUGGGCUUUGCUGUUGUUUGCGCUGGUCGUCUAUGUCUUCGGAGUGGUCUUCUCAAACGCAGCCUUAGAUUCCUUGCCAUCAGGGGAUGCACACCCCGAGCUCGUGAAGUAUUGGGGCAGCGUCGACCGCGCCAUCGCAACGCUUUACAGGUCGAUUCUGGGCGGCUUGGAUUGGGGUGACGCCGCCGACGCCUUGCUGGGCACGAACAACAUCAUUUGGGUGCAUGUGUUUUAUUUCUACAUUGGCUUCAUAUGCCUUCUCAUCCUCAAUGUGAUGACUGGCGUCUUUUGCAAUAGCGCGAUCCGCGCGGCCGAGCACGACCAUGACAUCAUGAUGCAAAACCGACAUCGCUUCCGGAACAUGGCCACCAACCUGUUCCAGAAGAUGGACGACAGUGGUUAUGGAUCCAUCACCAUCGAUGAGUUUGAGAAGCUUUUCGAAGAUGAAGACAUGCAGGCCUUCCUUGAUUCCAUCGAGAUCUCAGCCACGGACGCUUGGACGCUCUUCGCCAGUUUGGACAUCGACGGCGAUAAGGUCAUUAGUGUGGAGGAGUUUACCGAAGGCUGCUUGAAGUUGCAUGGCCCGGCGCGAUCCGUGGAUUUGUAUGCCUUGCGGCAGCAGAACGUGAAAAUGCGGGAGCAGAUGCACCAGAUGAGCCAGUCACAAAACCGUAUCGUCGAAGCGAUUCGAGCGAGAGCCAUUUUGACCGUCUAAGACGGACUCGAGAAUUGGCAAACAUCAAUAGAAUGGCAACUGCUUUUGAACAAAAGUAGUGCAUGAGACAGCUUCACCUCUUGUCCGCACUCAGAUCACCAGCGAGAUUUUGCGGGAGCUUGGGGACUUUGGAGAUCUCGGC